AUGAUUCUGGAUAGAGACACCAAUGGUUGCUGUCCAACAGCCCUGUCGGUCAAGAACCGCGACAGCUGCCGUAGCAGAAGAAAAAAGAACAGAGGUGUCAGUGAGGAGGGCGGGGGUUUUCCGGUUUUCGCCGCUAUCGAUUUUCCCAUCGAUCCACCAGGCGGCGACUCCAACUUGAUUUCCUUGGCCACCGCUGCGACAGCGCUGACACCGCAACAAGGUUUGACGCCCUUGCUGCCACGCUUGAGCUCAUGUGCCAUGGACAUCAUGGAGCGCCUGGCAGGCGCCGGCAAUGCCCGCGCGCCUCCAGGGACGGGCGAGCUGCCUGACGCGCUGCUGCUGUGCUGGGGACCUGGGUGCAACAGCAGGGGAUGA